GAACGUACGAACACAAACCAGUCCAGCGUAUACAACGAUGGACUGGUCCUGAAACCACAGCACUUCAUGCACAUGGCAGAAUCUCAUGCCCGACGCAGCAUUAACAGAGAGCCGUCGAUCGUGGAGCCAUCUGAGCUUCAGAGCGACAUCAGGACAGAAGCAGCGAUGGAUGAAGAGCCGAACGACAGAGACACGGAGAUGAAUGAGAGCGACACGCAGGAGCAGCAGAAUGAAAGCGCUGCAAUGGAGCAGGCAGAGGCGACGAAAGAGGAGGAUGAUUUUGAUGAAAUUGUUGUAGGUUUCGAAGAACCGAAAGAUCAUCCUCCUCCUCCUGCGGAAGGCGUCGGCCUACAGUUUCAACACAUGCACAGCUCCCUCACCCUCCGCCAUGUGCUAAGG